CUUUGUGCUUCAAUCUUUGAAAGUUAAAACAGUAAUAAUAGCUUCAGUGGCCAACAGCUCUUUGUCUGUACACUGCUGGUUUCAAAAGGAUUCUCUUUUAAAGAAGUGAAGAAACAAAGAAAGAAAACAAAAUCAAAAGAGCUUAAUCAAGAAAGAUAUGUUUGGCAAUUGUGACCAGAGGAAGAAGAUGCCUAGCAUCAUCUCUCCCAAUACCAAUCCACUGGCGAGUAUGCAGAGCAAGAACAUGAUCGUGGCUCCAUCUCAGCAGCAGCAGCAACCGCAACCACAACUUAAAUGCCCUCGUUGUGAUUCCUCUAACACAAAGUUUUGUUACUACAACAACUACAGCCUCUCUCAGCCACGCCACUUUUGCAAGGCUUGCAAGAGGUAUUGGACACGUGGUGGGACCCUCCGUAACGUUCCCGUAGGCGGUAGCUACCGGAAGAACAAACGUGCCAAGCGGCCAGCAACCGCAACCUCAACCGCUGCCUCCACGAUGAUUUCUUCAUCCCCUAAUAACCCUCAUCAUCAGAUCUCCCAUUUCUCUUCCAUGAACCAUCAUCCCUUGUUCUAUGGUUUCAGUGAUUCUUCAAAGACUUCAUCAAGUGGUUUAGAGAGUGAGUUUCUCUCAUGUGGUUUUGGUCUAGGGCUUCCACAUCAUAUGAGUCAUGACCACACCAUAAAUGGUGGCUUCAUCAACAACUCUACAGCAAACAAACCCUUUCUUCUCUCGGGGCUAUUUGGGUCUUCAUCUCCCUCUAGUCUUCUCCAGCAUCUACACAAGCCCAUGAACAAUGGUGGUGGGAUGAUGGGACAAUCCCAUCUCCAAACCCUAGAAUCACUUCAAGAUCUGCAUGGUGGAGGUAACAAUGAAGAUGUGAACAAAGAAGGGAAGUUUGAUCAGAUCUCCGGAAACAUUAAUGGAUUCAUGUCACCAUCUUCUUUAGAUCCUUCAAACUACAACAACAUAUGGAAUAAUGCAAGUGAUGUCAAUGGAGCAUGGCUUGAUCCAACAAAUAAUAACGUUGGAUCCUCCCUUACCUCCUUGAUAUAAACCAAAACUUAUUGGUAUAGGAUCUAUUAUAACUAGCUGGGGGUUUCAUCUUCAUCACUUUUUUUUUCUUUGUGUUUUGAGAUGAGAGAAGAAGCUUGGAUCAGAGAGAUAAAAUCAGGGGAAUGUUGACGUUAGCCACUAUAAACUCUCUCGGAUCCUCUUCAUCUCACCAUCUUUCUUCACGUUGUUCAAGAAAAAAAAAAGGUCAGGAUUGGUUCAAGGUUUACUAUGUUCGACUGUUAAGUUCACUCAAGGUAAAUUAUAUGUGUAUAUAUACAUAAUAUGGUCCUGACUUUCAUCAUCUUUUUCAUUUAUGUAAUUCCAAGGUCCACCACAUGGGUUGGUGUUUCUUUUCAUUGGAUUUGGAAGGGUACAUUUGGGGUUAAAUUGAGUUUCUCAUGGGUCCGAGAACUCAAUAGUUUUCACGUUUGAUUUCUUUUAGUUUCGCAUUUCUUCUCGGUGUGGCUUUCAUUGGGGUAUACAAACAGAGAGAGGGUGUGGUUGUAUUGUUAUAACUUUGGUUAUUAAUGUAUGAGUUAUGUUACCGUUCCUUUGGAUACAUGUCUAUGUU